UCCAUGGAACCGGAAGUGAAUCAAAAUGGCCAGUGCUCACGUUUCAAGAAUUUGUUUGGCCGUCAAAAACAGUGUUAUACUGUCAAGAUGGCCAGCUAUAUCAAAACGUCACUGCAGUUCUGUAUCUGCUAUGACAGAUGUCAUAGGAAGAAUAGAUGAAAAGAGACAACAAGCUUUGCUUGGAGGCGGAAAACACAGAAUAGAGGCCCAACAUAAGAGGGGGAAGUUGACUGCAAGAGAGAGGGUCAAUCUGCUGCUAGAUCCAGGCUCUUUCAUCGAGUAUGACAUGUUUGCAGAGCACAGGUGCUCCGACUUUGGCAUGGAUGCUGAUGACAAGAAAUUUCCAGGCGAUGGUGUAGUAACAGGACAUGGUCUCAUCAAUGGAAGAAUCACAUACAUUUUCAGUCAGGAUUUCACUGUCCACGGAGGGUCACUUUCCAGCGCCCAUGCCCAGAAGAUUUGUAAGGUGAUGGACCAAGCCAUGCAGGUGGGAGCACCGGUCAUUGGUCUCAACGACUCGGGCGGGGCCCGCAUCCAAGAAGGCGUGGAGUCCCUGGCUGGUUAUGCUGAUAUAUUCCAGAGAAAUGUGAUGGCUUCUGGUGUUAUACCCCAAAUAUCCCUCAUUAUGGGACCAUGUGCAGGUGGUGCAGUUUAUUCUCCUGCCCUAACAGAUUUUACAUUCAUGGUCAAGGAUACAUCAUAUUUAUUCAUAACCGGACCAGAUGUAGUGAAGAGUGUCACACAAGAAGAAGUAACCUACGAAGAGUUAGGUGGGGCUAAAACACAUACAACAAUCUCAGGUGUAGCUCAUGGUGCCUUUGAGAAUGACAUAGAUUCCCUGUCUAAGAUGAGACAACUCUUCAGCUACCUACCCCUCAGCAACAGGGAUAGUGCGCCCAUCAUUCAGUGUGAAGAUCCAAGGGAUCGUCUAGUACCAAUCUUAGAUAACAUAGUACCUCUAGAAUCCAACAAGCCGUACAGUAUGAAAGAUGUCAUCUUUGCAACGGUGGACAACCGACAGUUCUUUGAGAUUAUGCCAGCCUAUGCCAAGAACAUCCUGGUCGGCUUUGCCAGGAUGAAUGGACGAACGGUGGGCAUCGUGGCUAAUGAGCCCAAGGUCGCAUCAGGUUGCCUGGACAUCAAUUCAUCGGUGAAAGGAGCCCGCUUUGUGAGGUUCUGCGACGCCUUCAACAUCCCCCUGAUAACGUUUGUGGAUGUCCCAGGAUUCCUACCAGGAACUAGCCAGGAGUAUGGUGGUAUCAUCAGACACGGUGCUAAGCUUCUCUAUGCCUAUGCUGAAGCAACUGUACCUAAAAUUACUGUUAUCACUAGAAAGGCGUAUGGUGGUGCAUAUGACGUGAUGAGCUCCAAACAUUUACGAGGGGACAUCAACUACGCCUGGCCUACUGCUGAAGUAGCAGUUAUGGGAGCGGCAGGCGCCGUGAAGAUCAUCUUCCGUGACGGCCAAGAGGCAGCUGAGAGAGAGAAGGAAUACGUCGAUAAAUUUGCUAAUCCUUUCCCUGCAGCAACAAGAGGAUUUGUUGAUGACAUCAUUUCUCCCAACGUGACCCGGAAGCGAAUCUGUCGCGACCUCGACCUCCUGGCCGGCAAGCAGCAGAGCAAUCCCCCCAAGAAACAUGCCAACAUGCCCCUCUGAUCAGCAAAGAGGAUUUGAUAGGGAAAAAAAUGGAACUGAAAUACAAGGGCAAGUCCAGGUUAUGCGAUCUAUCUAUGACCCAUAUAUUACCAAGUAUUGUGGAGUCCUGAACAUGAAUUAAUAUCAGAUAUAUGUCUGUAUUCUUUGUAUUUGGUUUGAUUCAAGCUCUCGUAGGGCUAUUAACUUCUUGAAUACAGUGAUCAGAUAUACCUACGUCUUAGAUGUGACCAGUAAAGGAUGGGACAAAAUAGCUUGGAUUUGCCCUAACAUCCGUGGGAUUUCAGUGGAAAAUAAUGGUGAAUGGUAUCGUUUAGCAAUAAAGGAGAUAUUAAUCAUAAAAACAGUGGUGUCUAAAUUUUAGGAGGUUGAUUAUCAUGAUAUGAACAGUAUCAGUGAUAUUUCAGCUGAAAAUGUGAUUUUGUGCAGUCCAGUUACGACAAACUAGAUAUAAAAAAACAGAUGACUAUGUAUUGCUGCAGUAUGUGAAAUACAGGAGAUAAAUUAUUUGGGAAGGAGUGAAAUCGGGUCAAUGAUGAGCUAACAUCAUUUAUACGCAUCUCAUCAAUCCUACCCGAUACUCAUACUUAGUUGAUCUGACCCAUGCUCCAGCUAGUUGCUCCUGGUUUAAGUUCCUCCAGGAUACAAGGUUAUGUUUAAGGUUGCGAUUGGGCUUUAGGUUUUGUUUACAGUUAUCGGAAUGUAUGUAUAGUUUUAGGUCCAUUUUUGAAGGUAGGGAGUUGGUUAGUGUAGGAAGUCGGCUUGGAAACAAUUUUCGCCGGAGCAUGAGUCAUAGAACCCAAAUCGAUUUUGUCAACAUAUCAAAAUUAAUAUUUACCAAUUGGACAAAUCUUUCAAGGCUUCAGUCAAAUAUAACCAUGCAUUUUUCAUCAUUGUGUGAAUAGAGCGAUAUUCAGUGCCCCAAUCGCAAUGGUGUUUGAAUUGGGGAUACUGUUUUUUUAAAUUUGAGAAAUGAACAUUUUGAUAAUGUAAUUUGGGUCAAAUUGUAUGAAUUGAUACAUAUUUUGACUAUGCAAGCCGAAUGUAAUCUAAGACUAUUUUUAUGUAUUCAACUUUCUCCUUGUCUUUUGUGCGAAAUAAUUAGAAAGAGAAAGAUAUUCAGAUAUAUAUAUAUACAUACACAGACAGAAAUCGAAAAAGAAUAUGCUUUGCAUAUGAAAAAGUCAUCAUUAUGGCAAGUACUCAGAAAAAAUAUUGUAGACCUAUUGAGGUUUUAUUUUGCUGAACAGUCAGAAAAUGCUACAAAUUUAUAUUAAUGACGAGUGUAAUGUGCUAGGUAAUCCAAAAUGUCAACCUUGAGACUACUGAAUCCUCUCAUCUCCCCUCGCUAGGCUUACAUGUAUAAUAGGAACCACCCAGUUCUUUUUGCAUUGCGAUAAGUGAAGAGAGACAAUGAAUCACUGACGUUAAAUUUGAAACACAAAAGUAUGUUUGACAUUGUAUUGUAAGAUUGGCUGAAAAAAAAUUCCAUUUUGAUAUGUGCAUUUGGCGAUAAAAUUGGUGCCCUAAAACUGAAAACGAUUGUUAAGAAGUUACACUUAUAAGUCAGAAAGCUCAAAUUUAGUAAGUUUAUCAAAAUGACAAAUUUUGACAUUUCAUGUUACAUGUAUUCAGUCUUUGGAAAAGAGAAUCACCAUUACCUCAAUACAUGUACAAUGCUUCUUGGAUUCUAAGAAAGGAAAUGUAUCACUUGAGCUUUUAGUAUCUUGCAUUGGACUGAAAAUAAUGAGGUUAUAAUGAUAUUAAUUUCUAGCUUAAAUUCAUGAUAAAGAUAUGUCAUUGCAGGUUUCGGUGAAGGAUUACUGUAAAUGUAUACUUUAGGCUAGUGGAAUUAUCUAUGUGAACUUCUAUGUACUAAAUCUAAUGUGCAGCCACCAACGUUCAUCUUGUAUGCUACCCAUGUUCAUAUGUAAUAGAAAAUCGCCUCCAUGCAUUAUGAUACUCAGUGUCAUUUGGGGGAAAUGGUCUCUCUUUAAAAAAUACAUAUUAGGGGCAUUGGUAUUGUUUAUUCUAUAAUAGAUAUUCUCUUCACCGAUUCCUUUCAGUGAUAAUAUAAUACUAAUAGAUCAAGGCAAAAAUGUGGAAUAUAUCCUAUGUCAAGCUACAAACUUGUUCAGAGAUUUCUAUGUGGGAAUAAAUUAUUUUAUGAUAAACAUCAA